GGGCGCGUCACAAGGGGCGGUUUUGCGGCGCCGCGGUGCGAGCACACAAGAACCGGGGGCGGACGCGGGGGAGGACUGAAAGGGAAGGGAAGCCGCAAAAAGCGGCUUCUGGAUCGCGCGCACGGUUCGCUCGGGAAGCGCGUCGGAGGCUCCCCGGCGCGGAAGAAGUGGGGAGGGGAGGAAAGCCACCCCCCACUGCACAGUCCGAGGGGAAAGACUGCCCACGCGUGGGCUUGUUGUUGGCCAAGGAUCUCUUCUCCGCCAGCUGCGCCUGGAUCCCCUUUGGGAGGACAGCUCAGCCAUGGCCAGCUUUCCCUAUUUAGACGAAGCACAGUUGAGGAAACGCAAGGCUCAAUAUCUGGCCCAGAACUCCGUCGCAGCUGCCUCUCAAAUCCAGGAACUGCUGGAUUUUUUGAAUUCCUUCAAGGUCCAGGUUGGGAUCCUAGGAGAGCACCGUGCGGGGGUGACCAUGCUGGUUGAGGCUCUCCUGAGCAAGCCCCGGACAGUGACAAACCUUUAUGCUUACUUCCGGGAAGCUCAACAGCCCACGCUCUCUGCAGAGGCCCACGUUCAUCCCACCUUCCCUCACCUCAUCUUGCACAAUCUACCCGGCUUUGAGGCCUCCGAGAAACCGGCUGCCUAUCUCAAGAAGCUGGGUGACCUACAGCAGUUCAGCUGCUUUGUGAUGGUGGUAGGAACCGGGGGCUUCAGAGACAUUCACCUACAAGUCCUUAAGGCGAUCAAGCAGAAGAAGAAAGCUUUCUUCGUGGUUCGCACCAAGAUCGACCUGGAUUUGCACACAGCUGCAAGGCGCCUUCAAUACAGAUACAAUCCUGCAGAGCAGAUGAACCAGAUCCGGAAGGAAUUAUCCGAGAUCUUGACCAAGGAUGGGUUGGAGGCCAAGAAGAUCUUCCUGGUGUCUGGGCUGCAGACGGAGAGAUACGAUUUUGCUUGGUUCGAGGAUACUUUGGAAGGAGAAGUGCUCAACUUGAAAAGGCACCAUGAGGGAAAUCUGAAGGACUUCCACGCAGUGAGUCAAAAGAUAGUCAAGGAGCUAUUUGAAAUUUGCAAAUUCAACAGCUUGGCUGAAGUCCCAGUGGUAAUCCAGGGUAUGCUGGCUAAACCCACGCAAAUCCAUCUGAAUGUAGCUGUGAUUGGGGAAACAGGCUCGGGAAACUCCUCCCUGAUCAAUGCGCUGAGAAGAGUAGGCUCUGAAGAGACAGGGGCGGCCCCGACCGGAGUGGCCGAGACCACCAGGACAGUCACAGCCUACCCAUUCCCAUCCGUCCCUAACAUGUUCCUUUGGGAUUUGCCCGGAGUGGGAUUGAUGGAGGGUGAUGUGAAGCGCCUGGACCUCAGCCGCUAUAGCGCCUUCCUGCUGGUGGCCUCGGAGCGCUACAAGCACAUCCACAGCUGUCUGGCCAAAAUUAUUGCUUCGGAAGGGAAACAGUCUUUCUUUGUGAGGAACAAGAUAGACGUAGACGUGGAGGCCCAAGCUGAAAACCAACCCAUGUUGAAGGAGAAACUUCAGGAACAGAUCCGGAAGAACUGCGUAGAAGCUCUGAAGAACGAUGGCGUUGACUGUCCGGUCUUCUUGGUCUCUUCCUUCAUGGCUGAAGCCUACGACCUCCCUCUCCUUCGGGAAGAGCUCCAGAAACAGGCUUCCGAGUUGAAGAGGAAGGCAUUGAGGAGAGCGAUCCCGACCGUCUUCUCCCAGCUGGUGAGGCUCAAGAGCAAAGUGUUGAUGAAAGACGUGUGGGGGAAGACCUUGCAAGUUGGCCUCUCCUCUGUGGACAAUCUCAAUGAGACCGUGGUUGAGAAGCUCCUGGCCAUCAUCGCCAGCUUCUGCAUCCACCUUGGUCUGAAUGAAACGUCCGUCGCGAACACGGCCCGGUGUACUGGCAAAGUAGCCGACCGGCUUCAGGAACAGAUCCAAAGUCGUUUUGCCCAGGCAAUGGAACCCACCGAGGUGCUCACCCUCAUAGUUAAGUCUCCCUCGUGGAGCAACUGGGCAUGGAGCUACAUGCCCUACUGGGGCCGAGGAGGCGAAGUGGAGGCCACGAUCUCGGUGGAGAAGGUUUACAACCUGCUGAAACAAGCUGUCGUGGAACUGUCCGGGGAUGCAGAGAGGCUGCUACUGGCAGCCUUCUCGAAGGACUAGAGGUGGUGGGAUAGAUUGAUUUGGGGAAAGUGGAGGGAGAGAGGAAGGGCCAACAACCUCUUUGCCCCACUUUAAAAGCAGCGGAGAGGAAAAGUCACGGAAGCGUCCCUGCGAUAGGACACCAUGAGGCGAGAGCAAAGAUUGCUUGGCAUAGUGUCCUGUGAUGGUGGUGGUGACGAUGGUGUUUUUUUGGAAGGACCUAAGCAAGAUUUGGCUGUAGAAACUUAAAGAAAUGGAAAGUCAGUGCUAACUAAGCCUGUACCCCUUUGCAGUGCUCAUUCACACAUUGUAGUGUCUCUCAACCUUGACAGCUUUUAAGAUGUGUGGACUUCAGUUCCCAGAAGUCCCCAGCCACCAUGGUUGGCUGGGGAAUUCUGGGAGUUGGAAGUCCACACAUCUUAAAAGUUUGGUACGGUUGAGAGGAUACUGGUGAGUCGUUCUUUACACGAAGCAGUUCCUUAUUAUUACAGAGAAAUCAACGUUCUUUGUAUGAAGCAAUUCCUAUUAUUACAGAGGAAUCAAAUGCUUGCUUACUCGCUAGGAUCCUGGCUUACAAUACUGGUCUUAUAUAGUGGGAAGCUAGUUUAUUUUUCUGUGGGGAGGGAAAAAGGGCAAACGCAUCUCAUCCUAGUACAGGCUUCACACAGCUUGGCCUGUUCAGGAAAGCGCAUCCUGUGCCUAAAACCUCUUUGAAUUCCCCAGAUGUACACAUGCUUAAAAAGAGAGCUGUUUUCUGUCCAGGAGAAUUCGAAUUCUGUCGAUUGUAAGAGUCAUUGUUUAAAUUUGUUUAUCCUGGAAGUAGGUCAAGUUACAGAGUUAUUAAAAACACUGGUCAGGGGUAGAUUGCCUGCACAAUGCAAACUGCAAAGUUCUACACUCUGUACAUUUAGCCAUGCCACAAGUUAAUUGAAAACGGUUGCCUGUUUGUAAUUUGCUGCAUGACCAAUUAAAAUAGUUGUACAAUC